ACUCUCUCUCUCUCUCUCUCUCUCUCCUUUACUCUCUCUCUCGAUCUCGACCCACACCCUCACCCCCACCACACCACACCCCACCCACAGAAAAACCCAACCAGCGAAGAUUACGACCAAGCUCAUAAUCAAGGUCUCUCUCUCUCUCUCUCUCUCUCUCUCUCUCUCUCUCUCUCUCGAUCUCGAUCUGCACAAAUACAUACAUGUUUUGUGUGUGUGUGUGUGUGUUUUUGUGGUGGUGGCGGUGAUUUUUUGCUCCGGUGGUGUUGGUGAUCGAACUGUUUUUCUGGUGGCAGUUUUGUCUUUCUCCUUCAUAAAACCCUAGGAUUGGAUUAUUAAUACCAAGUCCAUGGGGGUAUUACCAAUCCCCCCUAUUCCCCGUCUUUAGGAGCCUUGCUCAUCCCAUGGGAUUCACAAUCCGGAGGGAUUUUGUGUUACCAAACAAGAGAUUCACAGUCCGGUGGGACUGUUAGUCCAAUCCCAAGGCUGAAUCUGAAUAACAAACGGGGCCCAAGGGCACCGGUUGAGCGAUAAACCGGGUUUUGAAAUUCUCUCUAGGGUUUCGCGGGAGAAGAAGGUGAUGGAAACUCCGAUGCUCGGAUGUGGUGUUGUCGGCCCAGUGACCCGCUCACGAUCGAAAGCUGGAGAAGUGUUGUCAUCGUUGGUGGGGAAAAAACGUAAAAAUCGUGAGGAGGUAUGCUCUGACGAGACGUCGUCUAACAGUUUGUCAUCAGAUGAUCUUCAGAUGCUUCUACAUAUCGACGAAGAAUUCUCUCUCGGGUAUUGUUUCACCGAGCGCGAGAAAUCAGACGUGCUGCUGCAGACGUACUCAGAUCUAAAGAAGAAAUACAACGACAGCGAGAAAUCAGACCUGCUGCUGCAGACGUUCUCAGAUCUAGUGAAGAAGAAAGCAAAGGUAGCUUCAGAUCAAGAAAAGAAGAAAGCAAAGGGUGUCACUACAAAUUCUGAGGAGGAGGUGGUGGGCUUGACAUCAGAACAGCGGCAGGAAUACUCCCGCAAGGAUUUCGAUUACCCUGAGUUUUAUCGUGGACCUUCUAGCGACCUACCUAUACACAUUAUUUUAGCUACAGAAUUCGAUCCAGAUUUACCGGCUAAUUUCUCCCGUCAGAUAAAAAACUCAGCCAAGGCUAUGGAUUAUUACAACAGUCGAUUCAACUCAAACUACGUCGAACCUUUUAAUCCCCUCCUGAUGACAACGCGGGAGGUUGGUGGUGGUUAUUUGGAUUUCGUUGUCAUAGACACCCAUAAAUCAGGUCGACAUGCCAAUGAGAUGUUCCAAGCUAUCCUGUAUACCUCUCCUGGAAAGGAACCCGAGGUCCUGAUGUGCAGACCUGAAUACAUGCCCCCUGGCACCAGGAAAGGUUACCGCCCCUUGAAAGUUGGUUGGUGACAUUUGACAACAAUGGCAGUAUGCUCUGGAAGGUCCAUUUUUAUGGUAUUUGUGUGGAGUGGAUCUCAACUUCUUAAUGUAUGGGAUUUCGAACGCUUAUUAGCAGUAGUAUGUUUACUAUGUAGUGCAUGGUUCAUUGUAAGUGGUAUCUUUGUGGGGUGGAUUGUAUCUGUUUCUGUCUGCUUUUGGACGUUAACAAACAACUACUAUGAAAGACCCACUUAGCUUACAGUUUGGUUCAUUUGGACGGUAUGUGUGUGGAAUGGAUCACUUCUUUUUACUAAUGGAUUUUGAACGCUUAUUAGUGGUA